UGAGCUAACAGCUGACCAAGUCGACCUAGAAAUCUGUAAUAUAAAGUAAUGCUUUACCAAACAUAGCACCCAUUUGCAGCAUUUAAGUCUAACACGGUAUACAGAAGCCGCUGUGUACUCUGGGAACAGUUGAACGAUUCAAGAUGGCGGCGAGCAGGCGACUGCACAAGGAGCUUGAAGAAAUCCGCAAGUCUGGGAUGAAAAAUUUCCGUAACAUUCAAGUUGACGAAUCUAAUAUAUUGACAUGGCAGGGCCUCAUCGUCCCAGAUAACCCUCCAUAUGAUAAAGGGGCAUUCAGGAUUGAGAUCAUCUUCCCUGCAGAAUACCCCUUUAAACCUCCUAAGAUCACAUUCAAGACAAAAAUCUACCACCCCAACAUUGACGAGAAGGGACAGGUCUGCCUGCCCGUCAUUAGUGCAGAGAACUGGAAACCAGCCACCAAAACCGACCAAGUCAUUCAGUCCCUCAUCGCCCUGGUGAAUGACCCACAGCCAGAACACCCCCUGAGGGCCGAUCUAGCCGAAGAAUACUCAAAGGACCGUAAAAAAUUCUUUAAGAAUGCAGAAGAGUUUACAAAGAAACACGGUGAAAAGCGGCCAGUGGACUAAUGACACCUGACAACGCUUUUGAUGCACUGUAUUCUGUGGGAAGGGCUUGGCUCUGCCCCUCCCCUCCUCCGGAACGUUGGAUUGGCAGAUUCACUGAGUAGUCAACAGCAGAGACAGCCUAGGAACCAAUAUUGUUACUAAAUACUUUGUGUCGCAAAGGGGGGGGGAGGAUGAACACAAUCUUUGCGUGAGUGAACGUGCUUUUAUGGUGAUGAUUACUAAUUUUAAAAACACCCUUUAUUUUAACGUUUCACAGGAAGAUCUUGUAUUGUGUCCAUUCUUUCAAGUUAGGGUGUAAAAAAUCGUGCCUCUAGUUGUACAGAUAAGUUACUGAGGCUCAGAAAGAUCACUGUUGCCCAUCCUUCCUGUGACAGAAUAAACAGUAGCUGGUGACAGAC